GGGCUGGAAGGGGUUAAGCCGGGAAGUUGCAGCAGAAGUUGCGGGAGGAGGUGCAGCGAGGGAGGAGGAGGCCUGAUCGUCCCGCAGCAACAGGAGACACAAGAGAGGGGCAGCUGUCACAGGGAGAAGAAUGGGAUCAGGAGCCGCCUCUGCAGUUUAAUGAUCAAACGUCUGUCUGGGAGCAGAACAGGAAGCGGCCGCGGCUGAAUGAGAGUGAGCAGCUCCCCCUGGCGCAGCCUGUGAGCCGAGUGUCUGCGGGAGAAAAGGGGGGAAGCCAGCUCGCCUCUCUCCUCCCCUUGUGUCUGACAGUCACUGGGAGGGUGUGAUGAGUGCACAGCUCCCUCAUUACUAGUGUGAGUGCGGGCUGGGGAGCAGCGGGACACUCAAUCUACCUGCCGCAUCACCGUGCACGGGACAUCCCGGGACCCGCCGCCCCUCUCCGCAUUGUCAUCGGGACCCCGGGGGAUCUAACCGGCUGUGGCUACACCAUGAAGGCGAAGAAAGGUUUAGUUCCGCUGUCAGGCAGUGAGACUGAAGAUGAUGACGGUAUGGAUAUUCCACUGGAUCUCUCCUCCACUGCUGGCUCAGGGAAGAGGAGGAGACGUGGGAACCUACCUAAAGAGUCAGUCCAGAUUCUGCGAGACUGGCUAUAUGAGCAUCGCUAUAACGCCUACCCCUCAGAACAAGAGAAAGCCCUCCUGUCUCGGCAGACACAUCUCUCCACACUACAGGUUUGCAACUGGUUCAUCAAUGCAAGGCGUAGGCUUUUGCCUGAUAUGCUAAGAAAAGAUGGAAAGGACCCUAACCAGUUCACAAUUUCACGGAAGGGAGCCAAAAUUACUGAUGUGAUGCAGAUGGACUCACCAACUGGGGCGAAGCCCUACAUUCCCACUAUAGACGAGAACUCCUUUCAUUUCAGCUCCACGGGACCUAACCAGAGCUCAGGGAAGUUACUGGCCUCACAACUGUCUUCUCAGCAAUCUCUCCUGGCUCGUCCCUCAGUCAUCUGUCAUACCACUGUAACAUCGCUAAAUGAUGCUCCCUUCAACUUCACCCAUGUAUUGAAUGCUGGACAAAUCCCUGAAAAACCGCAAUCUGAGGCAAACAAACUAACAGAAACCUCACUUGUCUGCCACGAAGACACUAUAAAACUAGGACAAAACACAAAUUCACAAAGUGGACUUUUCAACACUCCUCCACCUACCCCACCAGAUCAUAAUCAGGAUUUCAGUGGUUUCCAGUUGUUGGUUGAUGUUGCCCUCAAACAAGCAGCAGAGAUGGAGUUGCAGUCAAAACUCAUGUCCUAAAUCUUCUUCACUUCUCUAGUGUUCUGAACAUUUCCUUCGAGCUGCCCAAGUCGAUAUCAAAGACAGAUGCAUUAAAUGAUUUUUUUUUUUUUUUUUUUAUAUUCGUGUUAUUUGCACACGGGAUUAUGAAAGUGAAGCUUUCUUGACUCGAAGAGGUCUUACCCCCUUUCAAUGACUUUGUUACUUUUUUUUUUUUCUUGGCCCGUUAUGAACUGUGACUACAGCCUUUGACUUUAGAGAGAUUCUCCAUUGCCAUUCAUGGAUAAUGAAUUCAGAAUGUCGCCAUCGUAUAUAUAUAUUUUUUUUCUCAAACUUUUCAGUAAUUUAAUAUAAAUCUCAGGGGUGAAGGAGAGCAGAUAUCAAGUGUUUGUGUGAUUGUAUAUAUUAUACAAUUACACCUACAUCAUAACUAUACUGUAUUUCAUUCCAAUCUUCCUAAAGAUAGAGCUACUGUAGAAACAACAUGCUUUACGUUUCUUGGUAGAUUUUGCUUAAAUGUGAGAUGUUUCCCAAGAUUGUGACUUAGUUUUUUUUCUUUUUUUUUUAAAUAAGUUUUGGUACCUUUUUCAAACUGUGCAAUAUUUAGAAAGAAACAGAUAGACCUUUUAUCAUUCCAGAGCAGCAGAAAAUGCUCACAUACUGUCUACCACAUUUUUUUUUCCAUUUCUUUCAGUAUAUAAUAAAGUAUUUUGUUUAAGGUAAUGUAAAAAUGUGUUUUUGUUACCUGGGGAUGAAAUGAGAAUACCAUGUAACUGGAUACUGUUCCCAUCUGGAAUAUUAACUGCUAUGUAAAGUUUUUCUUUCACAUGUAUUAUUUUUUUUGUAUGUUUUUUGUAAUAUAGAAAAUAACAA